GAUUGAUCUCACCGUAUAGCCGAAUAUCAGAGACCUUUAUCGCUUCCAUCUUCGUUGCGGUUUUCUUUUUGCUUGUGUGAUCGGUAAUGGCGGAUGUGCAGAUGGCUGAUGCAGAGACCUUCGCCUUUCAGGCGGAGAUCAACCAGCUCCUCAGUUUGAUCAUCAAUACCUUCUACAGCAACAAGGAGAUCUUCCUUCGCGAGCUCAUCAGCAACGCCUCUGAUGCAUUGGACAAAGUCCGUUUUGAGAGCUUGACUGAUAAGAGCAAGCUAGAUGCUCAACCAGAACUCUUUAUCAGGCUCGUUCCUGACAAGGUUAACAAGACUCUCUCCAUCAUUGACAGUGGAAUUGGCAUGACCAAAGCAGAUUUGGUGAACAACUUGGGUACAAUUGCAAGGUCUGGAACCAAGGAAUUUAUGGAGGCAUUGCAAGCUGGAGCUGAUGUGAGCAUGAUUGGUCAAUUUGGUGUUGGUUUCUACUCUGCCUACCUUGUUGCCGACAAGGUUAUUGUGACCACAAAGCACAAUGACGAUGAGCAGUACAUUUGGGAAUCUCAAGCUGGUGGUUCCUUCACUGUUACUAGGGAUGUUGAUGGAGAGCAGCUUGGCAGGGGUACAAAGAUUACUCUUUUCCUCAAAGAGGAUCAGCUUGAGUACUUGGAAGAGAGGAGGAUAAAGGACCUUGUGAAGAAGCACUCUGAGUUCAUUAGCUACCCAAUCUAUCUGUGGACUGAGAAGACAACUGAGAAGGAGAUCAGUGAUGAUGAAGAUGACGAGCCGAAGAAAGAUGAGGAAGGGGCUGUUGAGGAAGUUGAUGAGGAGAAGGAAACAAAAUCCAAGAAGAAGAAGAUUAAGGAGGUGUCUCACGAGUGGCAACUCAUUAACAAACAGAAGCCCAUCUGGUUGCGCAAGCCAGAGGAGAUCACCAAGGAGGAAUAUGCCUCAUUUUACAAGAGUUUGACAAAUGACUGGGAGGACCACCUUGCUGUCAAACACUUCUCUGUUGAGGGUCAGCUUGAGUUUAAGGCUAUUCUCUUUGUCCCAAAGAGGGCUCCAUUUGAUCUGUUUGACACCAGGAAGAAGCUGAACAACAUCAAGCUCUAUGUCAGGAGAGUGUUCAUCAUGGAUAAUUGCGAAGAACUCAUUCCUGAGUACCUUGGAUUUGUCAAGGGCGUUGUUGAUUCUGAUGACUUGCCACUCAACAUCUCUCGUGAAAUGCUGCAGCAAAACAAGAUUCUGAAGGUGAUCAGGAAAAACCUUGUGAAGAAGUGUAUUGAGAUGUUCAAUGAGAUUGCUGAGAACAAGGAGGACUAUAACAAAUUUUACGAGGCUUUCUCAAAGAACUUGAAGUUGGGUAUCCAUGAAGACAGUCAGAACAGGGCUAAGUUGGCUGACCUGCUCCGCUACCACUCAACCAAGAGUGGUGAUGAGAUGACAAGCCUAAAGGACUAUGUCACCAGGAUGAAGGAGGGCCAGAAGGAUAUCUACUAUAUUACUGGUGAGAGCAAGAAGGCAGUGGAGAACUCACCCUUCCUGGAGCGAUUGAAGAAGAAGGGCUAUGAAGUCCUCUUCAUGGUUGAUGCAAUUGAUGAGUAUGCAGUUGGGCAAUUGAAGGAGUACGAUGGUAAGAAGCUGGUAGCUGCUACUAAGGAGGGAUUGAAACUUGAUGAUGAAAGUGAGGAAGAGAAGAAGAAAAAGGAGGAGAAGAAAAAGUCUUUUGAGAACCUCUGCAAGACAAUUAAGGACAUCCUGGGAGACAAGGUGGAGAAGGUGGUCGUCUCUGAUAGGAUUGUGGACUCUCCUUGUUGCUUGGUGACUGGAGAGUAUGGGUGGACUGCCAACAUGGAAAGGAUCAUGAGGGCUCAGGCAUUGAGGGAUAACAGCAUGAGUUCUUACAUGUCGAGCAAGAAGACUAUGGAGAUCAACCCUGACAAUGGAAUUAUGGAAGAGUUGAGAAAAAGGGCCGAGGCUGACAAGAAUGAUAAAUCCGUCAAGGAUCUUGUGUUGUUGCUCUUUGAGACUGCUCUCUUGACCUCUGGUUUCAGUCUUGAUGAUCCAAACACAUUUGCUGCCAGAAUCCAUAGGAUGCUGAAAUUGGGUCUGAGCAUUGACGAGGAUGAAGCUGCCGGCGAAGAUACUGACAUGCCUGCUCUGGAGGAGGACGGUGCUGAGGAGAGCAAGAUGGAGGAGGUAGAUUAAGCUGCAAAAAUCUGGUCUUAUUAAUAUAGGUGUGAAUACUAAGGGUCUCCGUUGAACUUGGUAAUUAGCAGUUACAGGAGUCUAGUUUAAGGGAGAAUCCCCGUCUAGUGUCUACCUGUUCUGGUGUCUAUUUUUGGACCGAUGGUGUUCAUGUGUCUUUGAGUUUUGCAUUUUCUCAGAUCUUAAGUACAAUGUAAUGUUGUACUUUCCCCUCUCUGUACUGUAUUGAUUCAGAAAAUGUCGUCAGGUUUCGUAAUUUCAUU